AACAGCUCUUCCCCCUCUCCCCGAGCUCGCGCGUCUUUUGACUUCAGGCGUUUGGAGUGAGUAAUGUGAAUUCCUGCACGGUCUUGGAAGAUAUCGGCGAAAAUGAUAUCGGGGAUCAUUCUUACAUUCAAAACCCUCGGGGUGAUACUCUCGUACAUGGUACAGGCAGCCAUCCAGUUCCCCUACGCGCUGAUACACCGACACACCUACCGGGCGCUCCUUUCGCCAAAUGAACCGCCCAAGAAUAUCGUGGUGAUCGGGGCCUCGUUCGCGGGGUUUUUUGCUGCCAAGGAACUCCUGCAGACUGUUCCGUCCGGGUAUCGCGUGGUGGUCGUGGAGAAGAACUCGCAUUUCCAGUUCACAUGGGCGUUCCCUCGGUUCUGCGUUUUGUCGGGGUACGAAGGACGGGCGUUCAUUCCUGUCCGAGACGGACUGAAGGGGUAUGCACCACCACACGCGUUUCGAUGGGUGACUGGAUGUGUGGAACGGAUUAUUCCCGACGAGAAGACAAACGGUGGUAGCGGAGGAGAAGGGAAGAUCGUGUUGACUUCUGGCGAGAGCAUCGAGUAUGCGUAUCUGAUCGUUGCCACUGGGGCGACUGCCACGCUGCCUUCGCGAGUGGGCAAGAACGACAAAGCCGAGGGGAUCGCGGAGCUGCAGCGCGUGCAGGAGCGGAUCGGCCAGGCAGAGACCAUUGCUGUCCUGGGGGGUGGCGCGGCGGGUGUCGAGUUAGCAGCCGAUAUCAAGUCGUACCGGCCGGAGAAGGAGGUGACGCUCAUCCACUCGCGCGGGAGUCUUUUGAACACCUACGGCGAGAAGCUGCAGCAGGCCGCGUUUGAUGAGUUGACGAAGCUCGGGGUCCACAUCUGUCUGGGUGAGAGGGUGCAGCUGGCUGAGGGACAGACGGAGGGUGAGAUUCAAUUGAAGGAUGAGGCGGUCUCGUUUGAUUAUAUUGUCAAAUGCGUCGGUCAGAGUCCCAAUUCACAGGUCAUCAGUGCCCUAUCGCCCUCCUCUGUAUCCCCCUCGGGCCAUAUCCGUACACGUCCUACAUUGCAAAUCGCAGACAUGGACUUCCACAAUAUCUUCGCGGCAGGUGAUAUACUCGAUGGAAUACCGCUCAAAAACGGCCGUGCAGCUUGCGAACAGGGCCAGCUCGUCGCAAGGAACGUCGUGCGGGAUAUCCAAGGCCGGGCGAUGCUCCAGUACCACCAGCGCUGGUGGGAGGGAAUGACCAAGAUGACAUUGGGCCUCAAAAAGGGAGUUUUUACUAUUAACGACGGCGUCGCUGAGGCGUGCAUCUUCUUCAAGGGUCUUCCUUUAGACAUGGGAAGCCAUCAUAUAUGGAGCACUCUCGGCGUUAAGCCAAGCGAGGAGUUUCAGUGAUUUUGGACUAGAAAUUUAGUUUCAGGUAUACAAGGGGGGCAAAAUGGGCUACAUAGGAUGGCAAGGCGAGUUGAUAAUUUACCUAAAUAUUUGAUUGUAAGAUUUUCCAGUGAAUG